AUGUUUUUUAAUAACAAGAACUUACAAAAGCUAAACCUUGGAGGUAAUAAUUUCCUAGUUGUUUCCAAGAAUCUUCUUCUGCACCUAAUAUCCUUAAGAUCUCUGAAUCUCGAAGGCAUUGACAUUGAUAAUUAUAAUGCUACAAUGUUUUCGUUACUGAUAAAUUUAGAAUUUAUCUAUUUUAAGAGAUUUAAGUAUUGUAUGUACGUGCCUAAUGUUCCAAAAUGCUACCCCUCUACAGAUGGGUCUGAUCUUUUAAUGGGUUUUUAUUUGCUGAUAAUAGGUUGUCAAGAUCUAAGAUACAAAGGUAUCUUUAUAACACAUGCCAGAGAAUGGAUGUCAUCUUGGCUAUGCACGACAGCAGGGGUAUUAGCAAUGACAUCAUCUGAGGUUACAGUUUUGUUGCUAUUCCUCAUCAGUGCUGAAAGAUACCUCCUGAUAGCAGCACCUUUGAGGAGGAAAAAAACUUUAAAACCUCGAGUAGCUUUUCUCUCAGUAUCAGCUGUUUGGAUGAUUGGAUUAAUCAUAUCUUCAUUACCAGUUUUGAAUUGGAGAGAUUCCAGUAGAUUUUAUGGAACAAACACAUUCUGUUUUCCUCUUCACAUUGAUGAGCCCUAUCGUAUUGGGUGGCAUUACUCCACAUUUAUUUUUAUUGGCUUAAACUCUUUGGGGAUGCUUGCCAUUGGUUUUCUUUAUUAUGGUGUUUUAUUGAGUAUAAAUAAAACAAGGAGGGAAACAACUUUAAAUGUUCGAGAUACAGAAUUCGUUAUGAGAUUUUUCUUCAUUGUAUUGACUAAUGCUUGCUGCUGGGUGCCUGUAAUAAUCCUUAAAGUUUUAGCAUUUCUCAGAAUUGAAUUAUCAGAAGAACCCAUGACCUUGAAAGUAAGGUUGAGCAGAGCUAUUUCGAUGAUAAGCAGACAACAGGCAAUAUAUGAACCUCCAAGAACGCAAGAGGAAGAGUUAUGA